UGUUUUUUGAGGAUAUAAAAAUUGAUCACCAUGCCAGUAUUUUCUAAAAUGUUUAAUUUUGAUGCGAUGGGAACCUCGUUACAACAUUACUGGUCUGGAAAUUAUAUAUUAGGAGCAGUAAUAGGAUUUAGCUGGAGCUUAUACUUUUGGGAUUUAUAUUUAGAUAGAAGACAGAGGAAUGUCUAUAAAACGUCCAAAACUAUUCCAGAUGAAUUAAAAGAUGUGAUAUCGCCCGAAACAUUUGAAAAAUCAAGAAAAUAUAAAUUAGAUACUUCUAAAUAUGGUAUUAUACACACUUUAUUUGACCAAAUUUUGGACACAUCUCUGUUAGCUGUAGCCGCUUUUCCAUUUUUAUGGAAUGUAAGUGGAAAAAUAAUGUCAAAAUAUGGUUAUGGGUCACAUUAUGAAAUAACACAAUCCCUUAUAUUUACUGGAAUAUUAUAUAUCAUUACAUAUGCAAUUAAUAUACCAUGGAAGUGCUAUUAUGAUUUUGUAAUUGAACAAAAACAUGGAUUUAAUAAAAUGACUGUUGGUUUUUUUAUCAAAGAUCAAUUCAAACAUUUGGCAUUGAAAUUAGUUUUGAUACCUCCCAUACUAGCUGGCAUGAUUCACAUUAUAAAAAUAGGAGGCAAAUAUUUUUACUUUUAUGUGUGGUUAUUCUUUUUUCUCCUAUCAUUAUUCUUCAUGGCAAUAUACCCAACAGUCAUUGCCCCAUUAUUUGAUAAAUAUACUCCCUUAGAUCAAGGUGAAUUAAGAUCAAAAAUUGAAAAAUUAGCAUCAAAAUUGAAAUUUCCUUUGAGUCAAAUUUUUGUUGUAGAAGGAUCCAAAAGAAGUUCCCAUAGCAAUGCAUAUUUUUAUGGCUUUUUUAAGCAUAAAAUGAUUGUGAUAUUUGAUACUAUCUUACCAAACUAUUUAAAAAAAGAUAAAUCAAUAAUAGAAAAACUAGAUAAUGUUGAGGAAUUGGUUAAUCCAAAUCUUGCCUCAGAUUCUACUGAUGCUUUAUUGGAUGGUGAAAAGAAAAAGGAUCCUGGUCCUAGCCACACCCAAUUUGGGCUGACUUGCUGGGCUUCCAUAAAGCACUCUAUCACGAAAACUAUGACCAAUGAAGAAAUUUUAGCUGUUAUUGCUCAUGAGUUAGGACAUUGGAAAUACAGUCAUACCUUAAAACGGUUUGUUAUGGGCCAAGCCAACUUUUUCUUCUCAUUCCUAGUCUUUUCGUAUCUAAACAACAACCAAACAUUGUACCAAGCCUUCGGGUUUUAUGAUCAGAAACCGAUUCUGAUAGGAUUUCUGCUCAUACUCAACUGCUUCCUUAAACCUUAUGAAAUUGUGAUGGAAUUUUUGGAAAACGUUUAUUCCCGCAAAUGCGAAUACGACGCCGAUGCCUUUGCUACCCUUCAAGGUUUAGGUCAGGAACUUAUAACGGGUUUGCAACAGCUCCAUAAAGAAAAUCUGAGUUUCCCAACUAACGAUAAACUAUACUCGACCUGGCAUUUUUCCCAUCCAUCCACUGUCGAAAGGAUUAGGACCAUCAGAUCAUUAAUCGCAAAAGGAGAAGGAUGCAAACCAGUGGAAAGCGGUGAGGCUUACAAAGACCCCUACAUCGAUUGUUUUGAUAAGAAAUCGGUUUGAUAACAAAAAAUGGCCUCCCUUCUAUUAUAGAGAGGAAUUUAUUUUGUAAUAUAUAUAUUUUUAUUAUUUAAAUCUUAAAUCUCCCCAUCUUUUUGCCUGCCAUUAUUAUUUUAAAAGAUUUCACAUCUUAGCGACAAUGACAAUCAUUUUCAUGGUUCUUUGAGCGCUUUCUCUUUACAGUAAAUAAUGAUGAAUAAGGAUUUAUAUUUUUCUGUUUAUUAUUAGUUCAUUUAUAUUAUAUAAUUUUCGUUUAUUAUUUUUCCUACUUUCAUAUAAAAAAAUGCUUGUUAUAUUCGCUAUCCUUAUCUUUUGUCAAAUAUGUGAAAAGAUUUUUUAACUUUUGUCAAAUCAACCAUAAUUCAGCAAUUUAUAUUGCCUUUGCACAUACAAUAUUAUAUAUAUUAUUUUAUAAUCAAGUUUUUUUUCCUCCCAUUGCAUUCGAUAUGUUGUUGAUACCAAACAUACUUAAU